UCACGCAUACUAGGGAUUCUCUCUUUCUCGUCCUACUAGUCUUGGGAGAGAAAGAAGAGAUCCUAAAGGUGUUUUGGUUUUCUUAACUUUUUUUUUAUUAUUUAUAUUUAAAAGCAAAAACAAGAAAUAAGGAAAUCAGCAGUGGCUAGUCAUAGAAAGCAAGAUUGAGGAUGUGGAUGGCAAGAUCCCAAACAGAGAAAAGGGAAGGAUCUGGAAAUGGAUUAGUGGCUGUGGCAAUAGACAAGGACAAAAGCAGCCAAAAUGCCCUGAAAUGGGCAAUCGACCAUAUUCUGCAGCGAGGCCAGACAGUCAUUCUGAUCCACGUCAAAGUCAAGUCCUCGUCUUACGGUUCCUCGUAUCCCCUUUCUACCCCGUGGGUAAACCAGAUUGCAGAUGCCAAUGCAGAGAGUAUGUUGGUGUGUAGGGAUCCAGAUCCACAGACCAGGGAGCUGUUCCUUCCGUUCCGCUGCUUUUGUACACGUAAAGAUAUUCAAUGCAAAGAUGUGGUGCUCGAAGACACAGAAGUAGCAAAAGCUAUAAUUGAAUACGCUACUCACACAGCAAUUGAGACUUUAAUUAUUGGUGCUUCCAACAAAACAGGCUUUCUCAGAUUCAAGGUCACAGAUGUGCCAGGCAGUAUUUUAAAAGGAGCACCCGAUUUUUCUACUGUGUAUGUCAUAUCCAAAGGGAAGAUUCAAUCCACACGAUCUGCCUCCCGCCCUGCUCCUGCUAUCUCCCCUUUGCAUACCCAACUUGUUAAUCAAGCCAACAUAAAACCAGCUCCUGUGGAGGCCGUCCCCCAGACUCCAUGUAAUAAUAAAAAAGCUAUUGACAAGCCCCCAUUGGAGCAACCUCGAAGAUCCAGUGAUGACUCGGAGUCCUUCAGGUCUCCCUUCAAUAGGAAGGGCAUAAAUGCCAAAUCACAUGGGGAGCUCUCCGUUCCAGAUACUGAUAUUUCUUUUGUCAGUUCUGGCAGACCAAGUGUUGACCGCAUGUUUCCUGCCUUCUAUGAUGUCCUAGAAGUAGGCCGCACCACCAACCGCCUUUCCAACGUUUCUGACAUGGACAGCAGCUAUAGCUUUGAGUCCAUGCAGUAUGGAAGGAAAUCAAUAGACUUUGGCUCUCCACCUGAGUUGUCAUCAAUGUCUUACGACAGCGACAGGCUCUCCACGGCAUCACAGUCGAUGGAUGACGUGGAAGCUGAAAUGCGAAGGCUAAAGCUUGAGCUCAAGCAAACCAUGGAAAUGUACAGUACAGCCUGCAAAGAGGCUCUCACAGCAAAACAGAAGGCAAGAGAGCUCCAGCUCUGGAAAUUGGAAGAAGAGCGGAGAUUGGAAGAGGCACGACUAGCUGAGGAGGCUGCAUUGGCAAUAGCAGAAAAGGAGAAGGCCAAAUCCAAAGCAGCCAUGGAGGCUGCCGAGGCAGCUCAGAGGAUUGCAGAAAUCGAAGCACAAAAAAGGGUUAAUGCAGAAAUGAAAGCACAUAAAGAAUCAGAAGAGAAGAGAAAGGCACUUGAUGCUCUCGCAAAUUCAGAUAUCAGAUACAGGAAAUAUACUAUAGAGGAGAUUGAAGCUGCAACAGAAUUCUUUUCAGAAACUCGCAAGAUUGGGGAGGGAGGUUAUGGACCUGUGUACAAGUGUUAUCUUGAUCAUACGCCUGUGGCAAUUAAGGUUUUACGUCCAGAUGCAGCUCAAGGAAGGUCACAGUUUCAGCAAGAGGUUGAGGUGCUUUGUUGCAUAAGACACCCCAACAUGGUCCUUCUCCUAGGAGCCUGUCCAGAAUAUGGAUGCUUAGUAUAUGAGUACAUGGCCAAUGGUAGCUUAGAAGACCGGCUCUUCCGACGAGGAAACACUCCUGUUCUUUCCUGGCAGCUGAGGUUCCGAAUUGCAGCUGAAAUAGGAACUGGAUUGAUGUUCCUACACCAAACAAAACCAGAACCACUGGUGCAUCGCGAUCUGAAGCCUGCCAACAUCUUGCUUGACCGCAACUUUGUGAGCAAGAUUAGUGACGUUGGGUUGGCGAGGCUAGUGCCACCAUCGGUGGCUGACAACGUGACACAAUAUCGCAUGACGUCCACCGCAGGGACUUUUUGCUAUAUAGAUCCAGAGUAUCAGCAAACAGGCAUGCUGGGUAUAAAGUCAGACAUAUACUCCCUGGGAAUCAUGUUUCUGCAGAUAUUAACUGCAAAACCCCCGAUGGGUUUAACGCACCAUGUGGAACGCGCCCUUGAAAAAGAUACACUUGCUCAGAUGCUAGAUCCUGCAGUCCCUGAUUGGCCGAUUGAAGAGGCCAAGUGCUUUGCAAAGCUGGCACUCAAGUGUGCAGAGUUAAGACGGAAAGACAGACCAGAUCUUGGCAAGGUUAUAUUGCCAACACUCAACAGGUUGAGAGCGCUUGCAGAAGAAACCAUGCAUCUGGCAUUACCCACCAACAGUCCUGGCCACUCCCGCAGCCCAAGCCAAGUUUCUGUACAGCUAAGUGAUGCAAAUUUGUCUAAUGUAAGCUCAAGAAAUCCUUCAAAUAUUGUUGAAUCACAGACAUGAAUUUACCAGCAAAAAGGGGAGAAAAUGUGUUCAUGAUUUCUCUGAAUCAUGAAUAAGCUGUAUAUGCGAAGCUUUCUACUUUCGAACGUGUACAGAGAAUCAAGAGGAGGUCCCAAGUUUCCUCAGCAUGGACAUACAUCCUUUUGUUAAAUAAUUUUGUAAUUUUUAAUUAUGGUCCUUGUUAUAAAUUAGCCAAACUCUUUGAAUUGCCAAUUUUUUCUUGUCUUCACCAACAUAGAAGAUAAGUACUCCAAGGAAGAGGCUGGCAAAGAGUUUCAAUUUGUAUAUUGAUACAAACUCUUUACAUUUCUAGUAAUAGGUAGCAAACAGGCAUGAAGAUCCACUUCGGUGGUAUGGCAUAUUAGAAAUUU